AUGCCUUUAGGACCGAAUGAUUCGGCUCUAAAGCGUGGUUGGUCACGUAUAUCUCGAAGACGGAAGAAACGCAGUAAAGAAGAUCUUACUUCACAGGUUCAAGUCGAAGACCCUGAACUAGUCCACGAUUCUCAUUCACGUAAUAUUCUUUCGAACGAUGAAAAGAAAGGGUACGUCUAUUUCUUAAUCCUUGAAGAAAUUUUGCUUGAUUGCCUAAAUCCUUUUCAAGUUAUCGGUGACGAACAGCGCAGACAUAAACCUACUUAA